CUUCUCCUAAUCAGGAUAGAAAACCACGUGCUCAAAGUCAAGUUUGAUCAAGGUUAGCAGUGAAACGUGAUACAGAUAGGAAGCACGCUAAGACCUUUGCAUGUUUAUAGUCGUGUGUUAUUAUAGAAUUGGCGUAUUCUUUGAACUCUGAACAAAGAUCGGGACAGGAAAAUAAGAUCUGAAUAAGAUCUGAAGAUACAAAAUUUUCUUCCGCUGCGAUCAACGCACCGACAAUACCUGCAAGUCACAUACUCCCCAAGGAAUUAACGAUGCCUUACGUUGAAUUCGCUCCGCUUCGCAUCCCUUUCCACCGACGUUUGGAAACUGCAGCUGUUGCUCUGUAUUAUUACUCUUUUUAUUUCGGUGCACUCUUAGGAACAGUAAUCAUCCUUGGCCUGUUUUUUACGUCAUAUUACCCGAUUGCAAUAAUUUAUUUAACUUGGGCCUAUCUGAUCGAUGGACGCACUCCCGACCACGGUGGACGGCGAUCAGAAUUCGUAAGAAAAGCGCGAGUGUGGAAAUAUUUCAGAGAUUAUUUUCCGAUCAAGCUGAUUAAAACGACCGAACUGGAUCCAAGCAAAAACUAUGUAUUUGGCUACCAUCCUCAUGGAGUUCUAUGCGCGGGUGCAUUUUGUAAUUUUGCCACCGAAGCUACGGAUUUCAGCAAUACCUUUCCUGGAAUAAUACCACAUUUAUUACCACUAAUGGCUUUGUUCAAACCACCGUUAUUUCGAGACUACAUUAUGAGCAGUGGUAUGUGCAACGUCACUCGUGAGAGCUGUGAGUAUAUUCUCACAAAGAAAGGGCCUGGUAACUCAGUGGUGAUUGUCGUGGGUGGGGCUGAGGAAGCAUUUGAUGCCCAUCCAGACACUUACACCAUAAUCCUGAAACCCAGAAAAGGAUUUAUCAAGCUUGCAUUGAGAACUGGUGCCUCUCUUGUUCCAGUAUUUGCUUUUGGAGAAAAUGAUCUUUUCAAUCAAGUGAAGAACCCUCGUGGUUCCUGGCUACGAGAUAUUCAACAAAAAAUUCAGAAAAAAGUUGCAUUUGCCCCUGUGCUUUUUUUUGGUCGGGGUAUUUUCCAGUACACGUUCGGAUUUCUGCCUCACAGGAGACCAGUCAAUGUUGUUGUUGGAACUCCUAUUCCAGUUACAAGAGUUGCAAACCCAACUUCUGAUCAGCUGGAUGAUCUCCACUCCAUUUACAUUGAAAAACUUAAGCAGUUGUUUGAAGAAAACAAAACUAUGUAUAAUGUUCCUGAAUCAACUGAGCUGAUAAUUUGUUGAGAUUAUUUACAUUAAGAGAAAUGUUUGAUUGAGUAAUGUACUAACUAAUCCAGGAUUGCAAAGGUUGAGGGGUAAAGAAAUCUCUCUUGACCUCCGCCUAACCUAUCAGAUGCAAAACUAAAACUAAUCAAGGUGAGUCACUUAACUUAAGGCCACUAAAAUGUAUUUAAUUUGAAUUUUUAUGAACACCUUAAGAAAAUGCCUUUCUUUUGAUAGGCUAUUUCCAUGACUAGUUUCUCGGGAUAAUGACAUUCAAUCAAAACAAUGGUAUGCAUUGAAUAUUUAUCCAUACAACACAUUCUAUAUUAUAA